CUCGAGUAUCCCUUAUGUGAUUUACACGUUUCUUCUGUGUAUAUAGACUCUGUCUUUGCCAAGCAUUUUUGGAUACCUUUGCCUGUUUCUGGCCUGACUUCCCGUGUACUGCACCUGAUUCUGUAGCUACAGGACUCGGCUGCUGCCACCAUGCCCUGUUUGGGCAAUCAUCUCUCUCGCCACACUUGAUGCCAUCACAGCAGACCAGCUACGAGUCCCACAGUGUAUCUGUCUCUCUGCCCUCUGGAGUCGGGUCCGUGUGGAGGAUGGGGAAUAUGAUGAGAGGCGGGAAUGCCAGGGACAAGGUCAAAACAGACAACUCUGUAAAAGGUUCGGAGGAGGACUUGCUAGUGGUGCUUCAGGACUACCCGGCACGUGAAAUCAGCGAGCCCAUCUUCUUGAUGGGGGAGAAGCUCAGACUCGUCGCUCAGGAGGCACACUUUUGGAGAGUACGCUCUGUCCAAACACAAAAGGAGAACUACAUACCAAACAGCCAUGUGGCCAAAGUGUACCAUGGUUGGCUGUUUGAAGGGGUGGAGAGGCAGAAGGCCGAGGAGCUGCUCUGUCUACCCGGGACCAGAGUGGGCUCCUUCCUGGUGCGGGAGAGCGCCACAGAGAGAGGUCUGUAUUCGCUCUCAGUGAAGCACAGGAUCGUAAAGCACUAUCGUAUCUUCAGAUUGGACAACAGCUGGUACUACAUCUCCCCACGCCUCACCUUCCAGUGCCUUGAAGAUUUGAUCAACCACUACUGUGACUUUGCAGAUGGCCUAUGUUGUGCGUUAACCACCCCCUGUCUGUCAGGCAUGACGCCACCGUUAGAUGUAUCUCCCGGAGCGCCACCUGUAGUCAUGCGACGCAACUUUGACUGGAAGAAAAUAGACAGGGGACAGCUGGUCAACACAGAGAGCUGCAGUGACAACAUGGUGAGCUACGGAGUCAGAAACAGCAUCGCCGCCUACCUGUCCUUAUCUGGCACUGAAGACCCUGCACGGACGAGAGCACAGAGCAGGAAGAAAAAGAGUAAAUCUGUUUAUGCUGUCCCUGAAAGCGGCCUCGGAAACAUUGACUAUGAUGAUGACUUCUAGAGACAGCAGCGGGGCUCAAAAGACUGGAAUACCUUCGAGUGGGAGGCGGUAUAGAAGGCAUCCUUCUCUCAAAUCAACCACAUUUCUAAUGUCAGCAGUGAACCGAUGUUUGUGUCAAGCAUCCCAAACAUCCAAGUGUGAUAUAGUUUCUAAUGUGAGCACUGUGAAGUACUUUAAUAAUAACACAAAUUGCAUGACCACUUACACUUUGACUCAGUUAAUAAGAUGGAACUUUAUGGAGUUGAACUGGAAGAUGGUGCAAUUGAACUGUGAUGUGCGUUCUGCACAUGAAAUACAAACAGCCCAGCAUCAUGAUAGUUAAACGGAGACUUGAAUGCCAUGGGUAUUGAUGGGUAAUAUUAAUGUUUAUAUAAUAUUUGUUGCAUUCAAACUAUUUUCCCGUGUUCUUAAUAAAUGUGAAAUGGUCAAAUGGUUGACACCAACUUAAA